AUGUCCUAUUUUCAAAUAUUAGCCAUAAUACUCGUCACAAUCAUAGCUAUUGCAUGUUUGGUCUAUAAAAACGAAAGGCAUUACAAACACCCACUCAUUGCAAAUGUGACUUCAAUAGACCCAGAUUUUAGAUGGCAGGAGCAACUACCACUACCAAUACGCCCAUUUGUGGGUAAAAGAAACUUCAAUCCAAAGAUUGGUGUUAAGAACAUAUCAAAGACUCCUCAUGAUUGGUUGUUGAUUGAAAACACGUACCUUAAAGUAACUACGUUAAAGGCACAAUCACUAAAGAGGAACCCCACACAAACAAUGCAUAUUGACAAAAACUCCAAACCCAUCAACGCGUUACAAGAAUUCUACGAAGUCAUUUUUGACUUUUACUUGAAGAGGUUUCCACGAUACUUUGCAUUGGAUUACAAAACUGGCUUGAUUGAAAACAAAAUCAAUGGAUUGAAAUUCGGAAAAGAUGCUAAAAGCUUACAGCCCCACGAGCUAUUGAGGAAUAUUGGUUCUAACAUGGAAGAAGACUUUGUCUUGUUGUUAAAGAACGACGCAAGUAAAAAAGACCAAGAGUAUAUUUUGCGAUCAUCGAUUGUAGGGUUCCCUGCUGGGUUUGACCCCAGUGUUUUCUUCAAUAAACCAAUCUCAUACAUUCACACUUUAGUCCCACAAUACGAAUCAAACUUGCAAAACCCCAUGCACAAAUUUUUUAAUAAUUUGAAGCCAACCGAUUUAUGGGUGAGGCAUAAUUGGUCAAUACAAACUCAUGGCGACUACUUUACAUUGAAUAAUCAUGCUAGAAAGGGCGAGGAGGUGAAGAGAUUGACCGUAGAUGAUAUUGAUUUCAUCAAUGGUUGCUAUUUGAGAUGUGAACGACAGGUGUUAACGAGAUUACCACAGACAGGUGCCAUUGUAAUGACGGUUCGAACAUAUUUGACAAGCUUGGAUCAAAUAAAGAACCAAGAAAAGUUGAGUGAUGAGUUAAUUCGAGGUAUUGUCUCUUUACCACCAGAUAUGGCAUAUUAUAAGAAAAAGGGGUCUUGGGGUGAUGCAGUCGUAGAGUAUUUGUCAACAAAAGAAGAUGGUGUUGUCAAAGGAUAA